UCCCGUAGUUCUCGCUCUAUCUCGCGAGACUGAAUAUCCUUCCCAGUGAGAAGUGGCUCCAGAGCAGUGCUCAGUUGCUGUUUUGGUCUGGAGGCAGCACAGUCAGUCUCUGCUUCUGUGCUUGAGCCUGAGGUGAAAGAGGACUCUCUGAAACUCACCGACCAACCGAAAACAACCGCUGCCGGCGCGUUUGCGCACGUCCCGGCUUCGCUCUACACCUUUUCUCGUGCAGAUUGUGACGAUAGACUCAACCCUCGACUAGUAUGAAGACUCCGUAGAACGCUCUGAGCGACCCGUCGGCAGGAGAACCAGGUGGUGAAUGUCCACAAUGUUCAGCUAGUCGCCUGUUUCUACGGAUUAGAGGCGAGCUGUGAUCAUGCGCUGCCUGGCUGCUCGCGUCAACUACAAGACCCUCAUCGUCAUCUGCGCCCUCUUCACCCUCAUCACCGUGCUGCUGUGGAACCGCUGCUCCAGCGACGCCUCCCUGCGCUUCCUGCCCCGCGCGGCCCUGGUGGCCCCCAGCCCCAGGGUGGGGGGCGCCUCCAUCAGCAGCCAGCAGCAGCAGCCGCCGCAGCCCCCGGAGCCGCCGCCCGUCGUCGGCGGCCUCAAGUACGAGGAGAUCGACUGCCUGAUCAACGACGAGGCCACCAUCAGAGGGCGGCGGGAGGGCGGAGAGGUGUACCUGCCCUUCAGCUGGAUGGAGAAGUACUUUGACGUGUACGGCAAAGUGGUGCAGUACGACGGCUACGACCGCUUCGAGUUCCAGCACAGCUACUCCAAGGUCUACACGCAGCGUGAGCCCUACCACCCCGAUGGGGUCUUCAUGUCGUUCGAGGGCUACAACGUGGAGGUCCGAGACCGCGUCAAGUGCAUCAGUGGAGUGGAAGGCGUCCCUCUGUCCACCCAGUGGGGCCCCCAGGGCUACUUCUACGCCAUCCAGAUUGCCCAGUACGGCCUGAGCCAUUACAGCAAGAACCUGACGGAGCGGCCGCCGCACGUGGAGGUCUACGACACGGCCGAGGAGCGCGACAGCCGGGCCGGGCCGGCCUCGUGGAGCGUGACCAAAGGCUGCACGCUCAGCCGGGUCCACGACAAGACCCGGGCGUCCGCCGUCCGGCAGUUCAGCGCUCCAGAGUCCUCAGAAGGCGUGUCCCUGCAGCUGGGGAACUCCAAAGACUUCAUCCUCAGCUUGGAUGUGAAGUUUGCCUCCAACGGCAGCGUGUCCCUUGUCCUGGAAACCACCGAGAAGGGACCGCCCUUCACCAUCCGCUACGUGACCAACACGCAGCUCAUUGCCUUUAAAGACCGUGAAAUCACCUACGGGAUCGGGCCCCGGACCGCCUGGAGCACGCUGACCCGGGACCUGCUCACGGACCUCAGGAAGGGGGUGGGGCUGUCCAACACCAAGGCUGUGAAGGCCACAAAGGUCAUGCCCCGGCGGGUGGUGCGCCUGGUCCUUCAUGGCCGUGGCUUCGUGGACAACGUCACCAUCUCCACCACGGCCCACACGGCCGCCUUCUUCGCCGCCAGCGACUGGCUCGUGCGCAACCAGGACGAGCGCGGCGGCUGGCCCAUCAUGGUCACUCGAAAGCUGGGCGAGGGCUUCCGCCCCCUGGAGCCCGGCUGGUACUCGGCCAUGGCUCAGGGCCAGGCCAUGUCCACGCUGGUGAGAGCCUACCUCCUCACCAAGGACCAGGCUUACCUCAACGCUGCCCUCAAGGCAGUGGGACCCUACAAGGUGCCUUCAGCGCAGCACGGGGUCAAAGCCCUGUUUAUGAGCAAAUACGACUGGUACGAGGAGUACCCCACCACGCCCAGCUCCUUCGUGCUCAACGGCUUCAUCUACUCCCUGCUGGGGCUCUAUGACCUCACUGAGACAGCCGGGGAGAAGCUUGGCAGGGAGGCGGGGCAGCUGUUCAGCCGCGGCAUGGAGUCGCUGAAGGCCAUGCUGCCGCUCUUUGACACCGGGUCCGGGAGCAUCUACGACCUGCGUCACUUUAUCCUGGGCACGGCGCCCAACCUGGCACGAUGGGACUAUCACACCACGCACAUUAACCAGCUCCAGCUGCUGGCGUCCAUAGACAGCUCCCCCAUAUUCAAGGACGUGGUCAAGCGCUGGAAGAACUACUUGAAAGGGAUCCGUGCCAAGCACAACUAGACGGCUGUGACCCACGUGUAGUAAACAGCCGAGCGCCGACUGAGACGACGGGGAUGAGCUCCGUGUGCGGGAACCCAAUGUGUGGAGCGUUGCUGGGUCGAGAUUCAGAAUCUACACAACGGGUUUAGUCGGCGGCUCCUCUCCAAGCAGGAACUCUGUGCUGCAGCUUUUCUAAUUGCAGCGCUGACUGUAGCUCUCGCUCUAGUGUUUGUAACCGUGCACAGACCUAGUUUCAGCGUGUUUGCGUUCAGGUUGAUUUGAGUAACAACAAGACGAAGGUCCUUUCAUCACGUCCGUUUACGUUCUGACGCAUUCGCUCCAAGUCGCUUUUUCAACUAUUUUCUAUUUUUUCACUUCCUCACAGAUUUCCAAAGUUUAUUGAAACAAAUAAACUGUAAAUACCAGAAUAUAUUAUGUUAUUUAGAGGAGAACGUUGCCAAAAAACCUUCAAACAAAUUUCAAAAAUAGUUCAGUUUUCCCCCUAAAUCCUUAUUUUUUAUGUUUACCAUGAUUUAAGUGUUGUAUGUUUGGUUUUCAGCCCUUUAGUCCAAUGCUUCCAAAACGUUGGCUUCCACUUCUUUGUGAAACCUUUCUAAGUAUUAAUUGAGAUGAGCUCAUUCUAUGCUCAGCGAGUUCACUCCAUUUUCAAUUUGACCAUCGCCGGUAAAUCUGAGUCUAAUAAUAAUAAUAAUAAUAAUAAUAAUAAUAAUUUAGUGUUAUUUCUGUUCAUUGCAGCUCGAUUUCACUGGCGACAACAAAGUGUACAGGUGACACGUUGUUCCUGUUACAUUUUUUGAGACAAACACUUCGGGCCUAAAACAACCGUAAUGCACCCUUUAUCUGCGGUGAAUCUUGUGGCUCCUGUCUUACUCUAAGCUGCGUAUAUUGCUGUUUUCCACCUUUUGGCCUGUGAGACCAUGAUGUUUGUGCAUCUUGGCUCUUCCACAUGAUGAUUGCAGGAUGCAGGGGUACAGUUGGUGCUGUGGCUGCCAGCGUCUGGGUAAACAAAGCACAGCUGCAUCUGACGCAACAUGCUGAUCUGUAACAACCGCUCAAUGUUCGGAUCGUUGGAGCUGGAGGUAAAUUCUGUCUCUGAGCUCUGACCUGUGGACGUCUGGAAGAGCAAGAGGCCUAAACUAUUCUCCUGGCUAAUGGGCUGCAGAGUCUGCACACAGUGCGGUUGCUAGUUAGGCAUGACUCAGCAUUUACUGGCAUCACAUUCACAAACAAAACAAAGUGGAGCCUCGGCAUCAAUGAGGCUUUCAUCGAUCUGGUGUAAAGAUUAUUAAUGGGAAUCGGGCGGAUCAGGCGGUUCCCCUCCGGAGCGUUUGCCUCAGCUUGUCAUAGCGUGAUCUAUGUAGACGGAAUCAAGGGAUGCAUGUGAUUUAUAUCUAUGGACCAUCUGGUAGAAAAUGUUUGUUUAAGCAUCUGCUGUAUUGCUCAGUUUUGUGUUAACUAAACUGAUAAUUUCAGGAUUGAGCGUAAACUGAGCUGAGACUUCUAAAAUGCACUCAAUGUUUUAUGUAAUAAUUAGUUGUUUUCUCCCUUUUCAUAGAUCUAAACCCUGAUCCUUCAUCUCCGAGGUUCAUAUUGUAAAUGGUAGAAUUUACUGGGCCGUGUAGAAAUGUCCUUGUUUUUGAAUGAACACAGGUUUUAUUUCAUCUCGUUCCUCAGAUCUCCAGCCAAACACGGGCAACACCUUGACUCCGUAACUACAAAAGGCUGAUUUAAGUCAAACAUCUACACCCAGACCAGCAGGCGUCGGUCCUGUGUUGACUCAGUGGCUCCUUUUAAAGGGCUGGUCGACAGAAAACCUGUUCGGUAUCAUGAAAAACAAAGACGUUUUCAGGCUUGAAUAUUUAAGAUUUGAUUUAAGAGAUAAAACUUGAGCUCAGAAAGAGGCUUCGUCUUUCCGAUGGUACCUGCCUAAUUCUUACCAUUUAGACAAAAGUUAGUUUCAAGGGAACAUUCAAGAAUUCGUGUGAUUAACUUGUGUCAUUUUGUUUAUACCAAAGUCACCGAUUCAAGCGUAUUUGAAUUUGUGGAUUUCCAUCAAGCAUUUACUGAUUGGAAGUUGGAGGUUUAACAGAGACACUGCCUUUUGAGGAAGCUUUUCUUUUAGGUGAAUAGACUAUAGCAAAAACAAGACCUAUAUAAAUCUAUAUAUGAGACGUGCUUAUGGUGAAGGGGAUGUGUGCAACUAGAGAUUAGCAUUUAUUCAGCUACUGUUGUUAAGGGACACGAGCCAAUAGCUGCAACUUCCCCUUGAAGGAUUUGUUUGGUUUUAGUUUGGUUUUAGUUUUUUGUGUGUGUCUCUUUCAUCACAUGCUGGAAAACCUUUUCAGAGUAAUAAAACGUUUCGCUAGAUAGAAAAGCACAACUGCCAUAAAUCGUCACACUGAUUGGUUCUUUUCAGGACAAUGUGCAACGCCUUCAUUUGUGAAAGCUGCUAUAAUUGUUCACUGUGUGACAGAGACGUCCUCUCCUCAUUUUAUUGUUUUUCUUCUCUUAUUAGUUGAAGGACGUUUGGCCACUGAGGUCCAGCGAUUUAUGCAAUAAAAUGUUUACUUGGGUCCUGACACCAAGGAAGACCCAGAGCAGUUGUACAGUCUUUGCAAUUCAAGCACAAUGUGCAAAUGCUACCAUUUUUUAGUCCAAGGAAGAGAGAGGUGUUUAUAUACAGAGUAAAUCUUUGUGCUUUAAAGUUUUGCUUUUAAAAAAAAAUAAAAGCAUUUUGUUUAAA